CAGAUGCUGAAGUCGUCUUGUCUCUGGCUGGGGAGGCUGAUGCUGUUUCCCUCAUGGAACUACAUCCCCCAUAAUGCACCUGGGGCGGGUUACCUGGAGCUGCUGGACCCUCCGGUGUGUGUGACCCUCGAGGCCAUGGCCUUUGACCCCGGAGGAGCCCUGAGCGAGGUCAUGAGCGUGAUGCGGGCGGCUGAGCUCCUCAGACAGAGAUCUGAUCUUUCUGUAAGUUUGAUCUGGUGUUUGUUGGUCUGUUCUGUGUGUCAGGAAGCCAAGCAUCAGUACUGGAGGCAGUGUGUGUGUGUCGGCCAGAGCGUGUGUGUCUCGUCUCUGCGUGUGUGUUCACUGCAGGGUCUGGAGGGCCGGCGCGUGCUGACGGACAGCUGUCAAUCACGCCUCCAUCCACAUCUGCAGAACCAGGAGAUCUCAGAGGAUCCAGACACACACACAGACUCCCUCACUGCAGACGCACACACAGCUGACACACACACCGCUGACACACACACAGACGCACACACCGCUGACACACACACAGACGCACACACCGCUGACACACACCUGCGCUCAGGUACAGCGUCCGGCUCCAAUGCAGUCAGAAUGAAACGCUCCACGCUCAUCAGCUUUAAGGGCACAGUCACAAAGAUUUUGAAUGCAGAGGCGGGGCUUUAUGAGAUUGACGGACAGGUGGGGCUUUGUCUGGCCUAUCAGCCGGCUCAGAAAUGGGGCGGCGGCUUGAGGCCAGGGGCGGAGAUUCAGCUUCACAAUGUUCACUUCAUGUACCGCGCUUCCCCGUUUGCACCGCGUGUGGUUCUGUGCGCGUGUCUGCGCUCCAGUCUGCAGAUCACCGCCUUCAGCCGCCUGAGUUCAAAGGUGGAGGUGUCGGGGACACACGGGCCGCUGCAGUGCCUCCUGCUGGAGAAGAAUCUGGGCGCGUCGCAGUAUCUCUGGCUCUGUUACUGUCAGAACGCCGUCGCUGAGAGGUUGUGUCCUCGCUGGGUGAGAGCGGAGAGAGUGUGUGUGGUCGCCGAGCGGCUGCUGGACUUUGUGUGUGAUGCUGAACAGAAGACAGAAAACAAGAGAAACAUUUACAGAGAGAUGAUACAGGAGCCACACCAGUGCCCUGUUACUAUGUUCUGUGUGUGGUGGCCGUCUGCGGCGCUGUGGUCGCUGAGGCAGCUGUCUGAUUGGAUGAGGUGUGAAGCGUGGGCAUCGCUCUCGCUGGCGUCUCUCCUGCCUGCGUCCGCGGCUCACAUGACGGCGCUGGAGCUGAACGCGGCACUGUCCUGGUCCGUUCACAAGGUCCCGCUGACGGAUGCGGCCCCGGAGCCGCUGCUGUUACUGGGGGUUCUGGAGCUGGACUCGACCCACGCCACGCUGCAGCUCAGAGACCAAACUCACGCGCUCGACUGCCUGUGUGUCUCAGCCCACCAAUCAGGAGACAGAACCGCACACAUCAACACCGCCUGGCAGGGUUGUCUAGUGUGUGUGCGGCGGUGUACAUUAGUCAUGGAGAGGUUUAUGAAGACACAUUUCCCUUCCUGGAAACACCUGGAUCAGCCGAGUUACAUCACACACAAACACUGCAGGGUUUAUCUUCAGCUGUGUGUGGAUGAUCUGACCAUCAUCAGUCCGUCUGCUGCCAUGAGCCGCUGUCUGAUGGAGGACAGACAGACAGACCGAGAGAGUGCUAAGAGACCCAGAGCGCCUGAGCGACCUCUGACCCCUGCGGCGUGCGUGAGUUUGCUGCUCAGACUGGAGUCCAAGCAGGGCGUGACGCUGCAGAACGGCUUCGUCUGCAGAGCCGUGUGUCUGGGAGAUGCUCAGCGCUGGAGCCACGACCCCAAAAACCACCGGACGCAGGAGCGCGAGCAACACCGAGACACUCAGAAGAUUGAGCUGCACUUCAUGGGUUUGUGUGUUCGCUGGUUCCCCGUCCUUCAUCCUGGAUGUGUGUACAGAUUAAUCGCACGCAACACUGAGGAUGUGAGUGUGUUAAAAGCCAAGGGGGUUUCAGCGAGGGGCGGAGUCACACAGCUCAGUAGCCCCGCCCUCCUGCUGCAACCGCAGUGGCGCAUUCACACGAUCACUGAAGAGCUGCCAGACACACAGUCAGGUGUUCCUGCGCUCAUGAGCGUGUCAGCAGUUCUUCACAGCAGCUCCGCCCCUGAGAUCGUCUCCUUCUGUGGAAUCAUUACUCAGCGAAUCACAUUACAGGAGGACAACGGAACCAAACCCAAGAUCCAAUCACCGACAGCAGCUGAAGAUGCAAGCAUUGAGCAGGAUCUGCGGGUGCGUUUGACCGUCCAGGACACUGAUUGUCCCGGUCAUGUGAUUGAUGUGUAUGUGGAUCUGUCGUGUGGUCCAUACACACUCGGUCUGAUCGCCGGAGCCGCUGUUUCUGUCCAUCACGUUCAGCGCAAAGUCUCCAAGGCGUGUAACGUAUACUGCCGCUCUCUGCCCAUCAGCUGUGUGAGCGUCACUGAUCUGACAUCAGUCUGUUUAAGGUUGGUGCUGGAGGACGGCUCUGCUGACGCUCACGUCUGGUUCUCGUCUGACACCGUCUGCGAUCUGCUGAAGUUGAAUGCGGGUCAGUGGGAUGGGCUUCAGAGGCACGUCAAGGUCAAAGGUCACGUGAAGGUGUACACACGCGGACACAACAUGACGUGCGACGAGGACCCUAACGACGCUUUAGUUCAGUAUCUGAGCUGUUUGUGCUCCAGCACCUCUGUGUGUCGACAGAUUCACCUCACCUGCCGACUGCGAGCUCAGAGAACAGGGAAAUCUCAGCUGAGGAAAGUUCAUCGAGGACAAACUGAAUUCAUCUGCAAAUUCACACCUGCACUGCAGUUACAAUGCCAACACAUACACACACGCUAAAAACACACACGCACACACACAAACACACACAUACACUCAAACACUAAACAGCAGACGUGUCGUAAUCAGAUGCUGCUCAGUGUUUCAUAUGUUUGAUGUUCUGCUGCUGUUCUUGAGCUUUUCACUCGUUCACUGAA